AUGGAGCCCUCAGCCGUUUCCUCAUGUCCUCGCGUAAACGGAAUACACAGCUCGAGCCAUUCGUAAGUCCACAAAAUGUGACAGCUCAUCAUGAAUAAUAUACGAUGUACUGUCAGUUAUACUCUGUGUAUUUCUUAUUAUCAUAACUUAUUCAAUGUAAAACUAUAUUUUCGAAUAAUAAAACGUUGUUUUAGCGAAAGGAGAAAAGAUGUCCUUCUCAGGAUUGAUCCCCACAUUGCUUAUGGAUCUCCGAAUCGAGCUGAAUUCGAAGAACUGCCCGAAAACUUCUUAGAAACCGUCAGUCCUCAGCAGUCCAACCAAUCCAACGACUUCCACAUUGAUGUUCAACGAACUUCAUCUUCUGAAUCUCACGCUGAACCACGGUAAGAUAUUUUUUAAACCUUUUUACUGUUUAGACGUCCCAGUAAUACUUACGUGUGUUCUUGACUGAAUGGUUAUUUUUUUAAAAAUAGUCAGAGACUCAACAUAACAUCGGCGUGAAUAAUAACCAGUUUAGGUAUUCCAACAGUUCUUCUGGCUUGCUCUCUCCAACUCCACGUGACUCAUUGGUGCUUCGCAACACGGGACUAAUUAGGCCUCUACAAUAUAUUAAGGAAGAGUCACCGCAGCCCUACAACUCUUCCGAAUGUGAAGGCGUCUACCUUCAGAGUUACGAUCAACCAUUAGAAACUCUGGAUUCUGAAGAUCACGAUCCUCAGUCUCCUGACAAUUCUGAGGUCGCGACGGUGAUUGUGCCUAUUUCUGGUGCUGAUGAAGGGUCUCCUGGACAUCGGUUUCAGCCUUUGACAUCCAAGAGGAUACGGACACAAACGCGGCCAAGAACUCCACCAAUGGAGCCACCAAAGCGGGGUAAGAACAUAUAUACCACAUGUACUACUUCCGCGCUGCUACAUAACAAUGCACAAAAAAAUUGUUUUUUAAGAGAAUUGCCAUUGUUUCCAAUCAUUCUUACAGUAAUAACAUUGUAAUUUUAGCCAAAACAACAACUUACUCUACGUCGGACACUUCUGAUCCUCUGAACGCUGAAAUUGACGAUGAAGUCUACAUUGACACGCGUGAUCUGUGCAAGAGAGUAGCGUACGAGCUUAAACAACAUUCCAUUCCUCAGGCGAUCUUCGCCGAACGAGUAUUAUGUCGUAGCCAAGGCACGCUGUCAGAUCUCCUUCGUAAUCCAAAACCCUGGAAUCGCUUAAAGUCGGGUAGGGAAACCUUCAGGAGAAUGUACAAUUGGAUCCAACAGCCUCUCCACAUUCGGCUGGCCAUAUUGGAUAUGUGUAAAGGUCAGUUUUUUACCUAAAUUUUUUUUUUCUAAAUUUAGGCAAUUUUCAACAAGUUUUUGAAUACCUGUUGUCAAGCCGUAUACAACCUUUUCAGUACUUAAUAAUGCUGUGCUAAAUUCAGGUAGUUCAAGUACUUCUGGAUCAGUCUCCCCCAGCUUCUCUGCAACUCCGGCGUCCGCCAAAUCCAGAAGUCGGCCCACAUCAUCAAGUGAAGAUAUGAACAACUCGGCCAAACGUCCACGACUGGUCUUCACUGACGUCCAGAAACGAACACUUCAAGCCAUUUUUAAAGAAACGCAACGGCCUAGCAGGGAAAUGCAGCAAACCAUAGCUGAUCAUCUGAAGUUGGACAUGUCUACGGUCUCAAACUUCUUCAUGAACGCAAGACGACGCUCCAGAAACGGCCAUAAUCCGGGUGACGACCCAACUCCGUAUCAGCAGGUAAUUAAUGUUCUAUAGAGUUUUUAUAGAAUUCAAUUUAUGUUACAACGUCGUGUUGUAUCUAAACUGGCCAUUUCCAGAUAAAGCAAAUAAGCCCACCUCCUCCCGAUCCGGACACAAUUUCGAAGGCUUUGACUAGCAGAAGCCUAGCCAGUCCAUCUGACAACAGUAGAACGGAGGAUGAUAAGCCUGAAAAGGAUACGGUGUUUGUGGUAAGCUAUUCUUUACUUUAAAAAGCCAUUAAACAAAGAAUCACAAACUUUUUUAUAAAAUGUUAAUUAUUUAGUCUUAAAAGCUAUUAUAUCAAUGUUGUAUCGCAAUUAAAACAAAUAUAUACUACUCAAUACGAACCCUUAACUUAACCAAUUGCAGAAAUCCGAAUACAAAGUCAAAACCGAAGCCCCUGAUGACGAAUAA